GCUGUACGAAUCCGCAAAUGGUUGAUGGGUUGGGAGGGAUUUGUCAUAAAUGCCAUAUUAGCCAACUCACAACUGUAGCUUUGUUUAUUUAUUUGUUUGGAACCUAAAUGAUUUAUAUUAAUUUUAUUGUACGGUGUGAAUUCUGUAUUGUUACUUUUCUUAAUAGUGUUCAAAAAUGAGCCUUGUUAUGGAAGAUUUUAAACCUUCUGUUAGUGCAUUAGAAGUUAAAGAACUUCAAGAUUUAGUUCGUAAAUUAGAAUUGCAGAAUUUGCAGCUGAAAAACAAGCAAAACUUAUCCAGAAAGAGAUCAGUUUCUCCAUUGAAAGAAAUCAAAACAGUCGUUAAAUAUCCUUCUAGAUAUGCAAAGAAAAAUUCAGAUGAUAAAGUGAGUGUUCCUAACAGUUCCAGUGUUGAAAAUUUUCGGAAGUCUGGGAGAGAUGAAUAUUGUGACGAUCUGGAAAUCCUUAGAAUCAGCGAUAUUGAUAUGUCAGAUGAUGAGUCAUGGCUGUAUACUUCUCCUAAAGGUUUGACAGAGGAGCAGAAAAAUGAAAGUCCGUACAAAUGGUUAAGGAAAGAUGUGGAUGAUCCUGAAAAUAGACAGCUUCAGCUUGCAAAAAAGGCCUUACUGACUAAGCUCAAUGAGCUUGAAAUUCUUUCCCCGUCUAAUAAAGGAACAUUACAGCAAGUAGAAAACCCUACCAUAAGCAGUUUGCGAAGAUCUCAGAUAUUGCAUAAACCCUCACUUUCUGCUCAGAAUCAAGAUUCUGUUCGCAUUGAUACUAGAACCUUUACAAGAUCAAAAAAGAAACAAGCUAUAGAAUUCCUUACUAAACUUGAUGUGAUUAAUGGUGAAAAGAGUACAGAUAAAAGCAUUCUAGCUGAGCAACUACACAGGAGAGGAAGCGAUAUGAGUUCCGAUUCUCUGUCCAGUUGCCAUGUCUUAGAAGAUGCUAAUGAUGUACAAGAAGUAGCUCGCAUGCAAGAAGAAAGUUUAAGAAUGAGUUCCCCUUUGGGCACUCCUAAACGUGGAUCAUUGAACAGUCUUUCUAAUCGCAAAAUAUCUACAUCAUCACGAGGCUCUGUGUCUGACCAAGAUAUAUCUGAAAAUUCAGUAUUUGGUACCCAAAGUAAUGAGCAAGCUGGAUAUGAAGUCAUUGAAAAUAACUCCUAUCAAAUAGAUUCAUUGCACUCGGAUCAGUCAUCGCCAUCUGAAAGCCCAUAUGGAUCUAAUGCUUCAUUAAAUAAUGCAGGGAAAGGCAAAGUUAAGUUGAGUGGAUACAGACGCAGCCUUCCAAAUUUAAAUCGUGAACCUCUAGCAUUAAGACAAUCAAAAAAUAAACCAAUUACUAGGGGUCGAAUGUCAAGUCCAAGCUAUAAUAAAGAAGUCGAAAGGAAAUCUGACUCAAGUGUACAGAUUGGCCAAAAAAACAGAAGAGAGUUUUUGUCUCCAUCAAGAUUAAGGCAACCAUCUCAUCAGAUGCCACCUGGUCAUUCUAAUUUUGAUUCACCCUCCAAUUCUCAACCUGCCACCACAGUGCCUAGAAGUGCGGAUUCUACCAAAUUAAAAUUGCACGCUCGAUCUGGAUUACCUCGUCCAUCUAGGGCUAGUUCUGCUACACGCUCAUCUGUUCGCACUUCUACUCAUUUUCAUGCUUCACUGCAAUGCUCGCUUAGUCGCACUUUUAAAAGCUCUUACGGACCAAUGUUUCACCUCAUGGAACACCCACAGAAUUAAAACGAUCUGGAAUUCCUAUGCCUUCCUUGCUCAAUAAAAAACAUGUUGAAGACUCAUGGAGUGAAGGAUGCUUUUAAGAGCCAAGUUCUAUGCUUUAAACAGAUCAUUAAUCUAUCUUCUUGCUCUUUUUUAAAUGCAUAUUAAUAUUUUGUAUGAUGUUACAAAAAUAAUAUAUAGUCAUUCCAUUAUUCUGACACUUCAAAAGUUUUUAAUAACUAACUAAAUCCUAGCAUUCCAGUUAUUUUCUGUGAAAAUUAAUAGUAUCACUAAACAUUGUGUGAUGAUGUUAAGAUUUUUAUAUAUAUACUGUAGUGAUAAAUGCAGUUGCACUCAAAAAUAAGUAGUAUAACCUGGGUUAGUAUUUACAUAUUUUCCCAUUGACCAUAAAUGUUGCCCCAGACAUAUGCCAAUCAUUCUGGUGGUAGUUUGAAGGAACAGAUUCCUCUUUUUAUUUAAAAAAAAUCUGAGUUUUGUUUAAUAAUAUGAUCAAAAGAUACAAAUUAAGAUUAUUGUAUAUAAAUGGAAGAUUAAGCAUUAUGGCAAUCAUUCUGCUGGCCCAACUUCUCUAAUGACAAGUAGUUAUCUUCUUUUAAACUGAGCAUAGCAUAAAUUGCCUUAAACUUUAAGUGUUAUAAUGAAUGCUGUUGUGCAUUGUUUACUUGACUGAUAUUCUAAAUCACAGAAUCUUUCAUUGCUGUGAGUAUGUGGGCCAGUAUAAGCAGUCCCAUAAUUUAAAAAAUAUUUGACUAUUUGCUGUUCUUAGACAAGUCCAAACUUUUAUCAUUUUUCUUUUUCCAAAAUGCAUGAAAAAAACAAAUAGCAGUUCAUUUAUAUCCUUUAUGAAAACUAAGCUAGAUUACUGAGGAUUUCUGUUUACAUAAAACCAAAGUGAAGAUUUUAUGAAUGUAUUGUGAUGUAGUACUUAUUCUUUACUGGUGCUAAAUCACAUUACGUGUGACGCCCUUUUUUUGUGUGUGUGUGAAAAAAUGGUCAAUGUUAAAAUAUGUUAGUACUUCUAAGUUAGGUUUUAUUGAGCAGCAUAUGCAUUUAUCAUUUUUAAAAAGGUUAUUUGAUUUAAUAUAAAUAUUAAAUUAUUCUAGGUAAAUGUUUUAAAGAAUUUUUAAUGGUGGUGUUCAUAUGAUCAAAUGUAUCAGUAUCGUCUUGUUCUUCAUUUUAAACUGAAUAAUAACUUGUGUUUAAUCAUAACUGCUCUAAAGAUAUAAAUAUUAUGAAUAUUUUUUUCUUUCUGGUAUUUAGUGCCAAACAUUUUACUUUUAAAGACAAAAAUUGAGGGGGGAGAAAUUUAGCAAAAAGUGGAUUUGAUAUCAUAUGGAUACCUCAAGAAUUUGUGAUGUAUUGUUGUUAAAAUAUAAAUGUACAAUCCUUGUAUUUAUUUUUAAAUAUCUUUUUUUGUGAUAAGCGGAUUGUGAUCACUUUUAUAUAAAUAUAUCAGUCUGUGUUGUCAUACUGUAAAAAGUAGAAAGUAUUUUUCAUUACAAAAUACCUUAACACAAAUGUCCAGUAUUUGUGUAAAUGGAAAUGUCUGUGAGAUGAAUAUUUUUCAGCAUGCAUAUGCAUUAUUGUUGUAUCUUAAAGGAACUUGAACCAAAGUAAUUAUGUAAUGAAUUAAAUAUAAAAUUAUUUCUGAAAUUUUAGUGUUAAAAAUAGGGAAAAUGUUACAGUUUACAUCAGUAGGAUGUAUUUCAAAGAGUGUAAUGAAACUGCUUCUAAAGUUUGGGUUCAUUCAUAAGAAGUAAGCUGAGCAUAGUUACUGAUGAAUAUUUUUGUAAAAUAGUGACUAAAAUUAUUUUAAGGUUGCAUACUAUAAGAGGUGUACUUAUCAUAUUAUAAGGCUGAUUAUUGAUUUCUGUUUUUUUGCGUGCUUUUAUAUUUGAUUUGUAUUUUUGUGUUUUUCUUGUCUUCUGCCCCCAUAUUUUUUCCAUGUGUACAUGGGGAAGAAUAAAACAACUGAAUAAAUCUAUGGACAUGAAACUUUAAAUCUUAAAAUGAAAUGUUUUAAUUCCUUCAGAGUAAUUUGCAAUACUGCAUUCUUACAAUUAUGUAUUUCAAAUAGUAUAAUGAAAAUACACAUCUAAAGAUUGAAUUCAUUCAUUAAGAAGUAAUCUACUCUUAACCCUCCGCGUAUGGCCUCCGCGAUUUCCAUGGGAUAUGAAAUCCACCUCGUAAUAUGGGUUGCGUAAAAAUUGCGUGCGUAAGUUUUAUUUCUCUUAAUUUCAAUACCGGUCCGCUUUUUUCCCAUGUAGGCUAAGAAUAUUUAAUAUUUCAUGCUUCAUUUUGCACCUAGACGGUACUACAGGUUUUGUUAGGGAGUACUGUUGUUUCUUCACAUCCAAACACAAUCAACACUGUUGUUUCUUUAGUUGUGGAAUGAUAAGAAAAUUGUAAAUAUUCUUAACUCUUUUCUUGAUGUGUUAUCUAUAUCAGUUUAUUCACGGAUGGCAAAAGAGAAAUUAAAGCCAAAAGUGAUUUAUAACUUUACAGUGGGGGGUGUCAACAGAUGCAAUCAGGAAAUGUCGUACUACCCUAGUACCCGAAAACAAUUUCGUAAAUAUUACAAGAAAAUUUUUACAUAUAUUGAUCAAGCAAUGUGGAAUUCAUAUGUAAUAUACAGAAGAAUAAGAAACAUGGAAAAAUCCUUUCUUGAUUUCAACAUAGCUGUGAUCGAGGAAAUCUGUGACAAAUACUCUUCUGCUGUAUACUCAUUAGUGCGGUCUAGUGUUGAUAGUUUUAUGAACAAGCUUUGUAGGGAUGCAUUUUGCAAGCCACAUACCACCAAAUUCUAUAUAAAAAAAAGGAGGGGGAACCUAUGUGCUGUGUGUUGCUCCAGAAAAAAAAAAGACAACAAUGGGGGAAAUACAUAAAGAAAAUCACAUUUGAUGUAAAGUUGGAUUAUGUUUAGAGCUGUGUUCUAAAGUUUACUGCACUAAAAAAUAUUUUUGUGUAAUAAUAAGUGAAUGCAAGUAAUAUUAUUAGCUGUACAAAUUAGUUAGCAUGUGUAUUUAUCAAAAAAAAAAAAAAAA